CAGCUGCAUUUUGUGAUCUAAUUUGCAAUGCAUCUUCUCCUUUUUCUUUCCCACAUAGGGUCAACCAUGCUGGGGGCAAGGCCCAUCUUUGCCGCCUCCACCCUUCAGCUCCCCUUCCUCCUCCUUUUCUUGACCAGGGUCUCUCCCCAGUGCCAGAUCAGCACAGCCGAUGAAUGCCAGAAGAACAAAAACUUUGUGCCUGGUUACGGCUUGGCCGGGGAAGGCUUUGACAUCACCACGCUGGAGAAGAAGGAGGCCAAGGUGUUGGAUCUGAAUCGGUGGCGGAGGGCGGAUGGCACCUGCACCCUGUGCCAGAACCCUCUUCUGGAGGGGAAGCCUCUCCAGAGACUUCCCUUGGCAGCUACUGACUGGGUAGUUAAUGUCCUGUGCCAGAGGAAGGUCCAUGCUUCCCUAGAGAGCUCUGGCAUCAAUGUGCUUCAGGCAGCAGCAUCUGAUGUGAAAAACAACUGGAAGGUUGGACUGGAUGUACCGAUAAAACCUGGGAUUCACGGCCAAGUGGCUUUGGCUGGAUCCCACUCAAAGAUGGCUGACUUCACCAUGGAGAAGAGUAACCAAGACAAGUAUACUUUUGCAAGCCACGAGGUCUCCUGCUCUUACUACAGUUUUGGUAUAAAUCCCCAGGAACAAUUCACUGACCAUUUCAAGCAUGCCCUGAACAGUCUCCCUGCCAAGUACCAACCCGAGUCCCAGCUGGAAUAUCGCCAGCUCAUUGGAACCUACGGGACCCAUUUCAUCAACCAUCUUCGCUUGGGGGGACGCGUGAGGGACGUGACCGCCUUGCGGGUCUGCAAGACAGUGCUGGAUGGGGUGACAGCGGAUGAAGUCAAGGACUGUCUAAACAUCGAGGCCUUGAUCAGCAUUGGUGGGGGCAAAAUAAGUCCAGGUGCAGCCUACAGCACAUGUGAAGAGCUGAAGAAGAAAAAGACUUUUAAAGGGAGCUUCCACCAGACCUACAAUGAGCGUCACACUGAGGUUGUGGGAGGGGACAAACACACCGACUUGCUUUUUUCCAACAAUCAGAACACCGAAGCUUAUAGGGAGUGGUUGGAAGGCCUCAAGUCUAUGCCAGCCCUCCUCUCUUACUCCCUGCAGCCCAUCCACACCUUGGUGCCCAAGGGCGACCCAAAGCGGGAAGGGUUGAGGCAGGCAGUGAGCGAGUACAUCAGAGAAAGGGCCCUUUGGAGGAACUGCACCCAGCCGUGUCCUCCUGGCACUCAACGCAGCGCUCGGGACCCCUGCUCCUGCAUGUGCCCCAGCAACAGCAACACCGAUAGCAUGUGCUGCUCCCGGGAGCGAGGCUUAGCCAGACUCACAGUGACCAUUCAACGGGCAUAUGGUUUGCGGGGGGACGUAUUCUCCCAAACAGAUGCUUUUGUCAAGGUUACUUUAAAAAAUAAAUACUUCUCCACACCCAUUGUGUCCAACAACAACAAUCCGGUGUGGAACGUGCAGUUUGAUGUGGGAGACAUCACGGUCCAUGGGGAAAACACCCAGAUCCAUAUUCAAGUCCUAGAUGAAGAUAAGUACAUAUUCUUCCGGCAUUAUGACAAUCUGGGUUCCUGCAGCGAGGCUCUACAGUCAGGGAAGCCACAAAAUAAAGUCUGCUACCUCACCCAUGGACGCCUGGAUUUCCAAUACCACCUGGUCUGUGGUCCCCACCUGGGGGGACGCUACUGUUUAGAUUACAUUCCUGCGGUCCCCAGAUACAUGGGGGAUUUGCUGCAGCGAAAGAGCAAAGCAAAUGCCUUGAAUAUGCAGGUUCCCUGAAGGCUUGGCCUCCUGGAUCUGUACAAGCAGAAAAGUUCUGGGUUACUUAGCCCAACACAAGAAAG